AAAAAAGGGCCCUUUUUUCUUCUCCUCUUUCUCUCUUUGCUGCACCACUCGCGCCCAAAACCCUCGUCUCCAUCCCUCCUCCUCCUCUCGCCCUCCACGCCGGCGCCCCCAUGGGAUCUCCCCCCUGGCUCGCUCCCCAAUAGAACUGUGGAAAGGGUGUUCCCUUUUUUGAAUGGCGCGGAUGGAGCCGAAUGGGUUUGAGAGGGAUGGUGUGGUUUUGGGAAACUUGAAUGGACCCGGGACAUCUUCGAGUGCAAGUGUGGGUUCAGACCAGGCUUCUCCUCCUCGGCAAAGGUUUCAAGGGAAGGAUACUCUUUCAUAUGCCAACAUAUUGCGGUCUAGGAACAAGUUUGCAGAUGCUCUUGUACUUUAUGACAAUGCCCUUGAGAAGGACAGCGGAAACGUAGAUGCUCUCAUUGGAAAGGGGAUUUGCUUGCAAAUGCAGAACAUGCCAAGGCAGGCAUUUGAUUGCUUUUCAGACGCCGCCAGGUUGGACCCAUUGAAUGCAUGCGCCCUUACUCAUAUUGGAGUCCUUUAUAAAGAGGAAGGCCGUCUUUCGGAGGCUGCUCAGUCAUAUGAGAAGGCUUUGAAGGCUGACCCUUCAUUCAAGCCUGCGGCUGAAUGCCUUGCAAUUGUCUUGACUGAUCUGGGCACCAGCUUAAAGCUUUCAGGGAAAACUGAGGAGGGAAUCCAAAAGUACUGUGAAGCUAUAAAAGUUGACAGCCACUAUGCUCCUGCAUAUUACAACCUUGGAGUGGUUUACUCAGAGAUGAUGCAAUAUGAUAUGGCUCUUGGUUGCUAUGAAAAGGCUGCCUUACAAAGGCCAAUGUAUGCAGAAGCUUACUGCAAUAUGGGUGUGAUAUAUAAAAAUCGCGGAGACUUGGAAUCGGCUAUUGCUUGCUAUGAGAGGUGUCUGACGGUUUCUCCAAAUUUUGAGAUUGCUAAAAAUAAUAUGGCAAUUGCUUUGACAGACUUGGGGACAAAGGUUAAACUAGAGGGUGACAUUGACCAAGGUGUGGCUUACUACAAGAAAGCUUUGUAUUAUAAUUGGCACUAUGCUGAUGCAAUGUACAAUCUUGGUGUUGCAUAUGGGGAAAUGCUGAAGUUUGACAUGGCAGUUGUAUUUUAUGAACUCGCACUACACUUCAAUCCUCACUGUGCGGAAGCCUGCAAUAAUUUGGGAGUAAUAUACAAAGACAGGGACAACCUUGACAAAGCUGUGGAGUGCUAUCAAAUGGCUUUAUCUAUUAAGCCAAAUUUUUCUCAAUCUUUAAACAACCUCGGUGUUGUCUAUACUGUUCAGGGAAAAAUGGAUGCUGCGGCAAGUAUGAUUGAGAAAGCCAUUAUUGCAAAUCCUACAUAUGCUGAAGCAUAUAAUAAUUUAGGAGUUCUAUACAGAGAUGCAGGCAAUAUUUCUCUUGCAAUAGAGGCAUAUGAGAGGUGCCUUCAGAUUGAUCCUGAUUCACGUAAUGCAGGGCAGAAUCGAUUGCUGGCUAUGAAUUAUAUAAAUGAAGGAGCAGAUGAUAAACUUUUUGAAGCUCACAGAGAAUGGGGGAGGCGUUUUAUGAAGCUAUUCCCACAGUAUACUAGUUGGGAUAACACAAAAGUUAAGGAACGGCCACUGAUAAUUGGAUAUGUGUCUCCUGAUUAUUUCACUCAUUCUGUAUCAUAUUUCAUAGAAGCACCCCUUCUGUACCAUGAUUAUACAAGAUACAAGGUGGUUGUGUAUUCUGCUGUUGUCAAGGCGGAUGCUAAGACUCAUAAAUUCAGGGACAGAGUCCUGAAAAAAGGUGGCCUUUGGAGAGAUAUAUAUGGGAUAGAUGAGAAGAAAGUUGCAUGCAUGAUCAGAGAUGAUAAAGUUGACAUUCUUGUGGAACUCACUGGCCACACAGCUAAUAAUAGGUUAGGGAUGAUGGCUUGCAGACCAGCUCCAGUUCAGGCAACCUGGAUUGGUUACCCAAAUACAACUGGUUUACCUACAAUUGAUUAUAGAAUCACAGAUUCGCUGGCAGAUCCACCUAAUACAAAGCAGAAGCAUGUUGAAGAAUUGGUACGCCUUCCUGAAUGCUUUCUAUGUUAUACCCCUUCUCCAGAAGCAGGGCCUGUUUUACCAACCCCAGCUCUUGCCAAUGGUUUUAUUACUUUUGGCAGUUUUAACAAUCUGGCCAAGAUAACACCCAAAGUAUUGCAAGUUUGGGCAAAGAUAUUAUGUGCAGUCCCUAACUCUCGAUUGGUAGUUAAAUGUAAGCCCUUUUGUUGCGAUAGUGUCAGACAGAGGUUUCUUUCAACAUUAGAGCAGCUAGGGCUGGAACCAUUGCGUGUUGAUCUUCUGCCUUUAAUUCUUCUCAAUCACGACCACAUGCAAGCAUAUUCCCUGAUGGAUAUCAGCUUGGACACUUUCCCAUAUGCGGGCACAACUACUACAUGUGAAUCUUUGUAUAUGGGAGUUCCAUGUGUCACCAUGGCUGGUGUGGUACAUGCACAUAAUGUUGGUGUCAGCCUUCUCACUAAAGUUGGAUUGGAUCGUUUGGUUGCUCACACAGAGGAUGAGUACGUCCGAUUGGCGAUCCAAUUAGCCUCUGAUAUCCGAGCUCUUUCCGAGUUAAGAAUGACUCUCCGGGAACUAAUGUCGAGAUCUCCUGUCUGUAAUGGGGCAAAAUUUGUUAAUGGACUAGAGUACACCUACCGAAAAUUAUGGCACAGGUAUUGUGAAGGCGAUGUGCCAUCACUAAGGCGCAUGGAGCUACUUCAACCUCAACGAGCCCCCGAGGAUCUUUCUGCGCCAUCCUCUGAACCUGUCGUAACUGUAAACUCAGAAGAAAAUCAUCACAUACAUGUCAAGACGAAUGGUGUAGGUUCGGCAGCAUUAUCCUCCCCGAGCUCCAGCUCUUCUGGCGGCUCAAAUCUGAGAGAAACUUCAGUUGUAGAAGAGCAUAGAUAGAACUCAGAAACAGCAUCACAAUGGCUUCUUCACCUUUUCUGAUCAUCAUCAUGAGUUGAAAAUUUACUGUUGCUAUUGUUUGGUGCCUAUGUAUUGUUACAAAAGAUGGGCAGAAAGUGUUAGCAAGAGUUUUUUUUAGGAGGAAUGCUGCAGCUGCUACCUUGCAUUUCACUGUAAUGUUAAAAUCUAGGCUGAGUUAAUGUAUGGUGUGAUUUUGCCCUCAUUACUUCUGGGUGAAACACUGCCUUUUCAUAUAUAAAUUAGAUCAAAAUAGAAUGACUCAAUUGAGUCUAAA